AUGCCGUCAGAAACCAUCUGGUCUAACUCUGACCCGACAAGCCCCCACCUAUCCAAAUAUCGUUCGGUUCUCGAUCUGGUGGACCCAGAUGUCGCCAAAAUGUUGGCUUCCAACGCCCCAAUAGAGGGCCGUCGUUUUUCUUUCCAUGAUAGUGGCGAGAUCGAAUCUAAUCUCUUUGACUUCAAAGCCAGUUUAGCUCAGGUGUCAUAUGCUGCCAGUACGGGUGGUCCUCAUGCUCCAGGAAUGGUUCCCUCGAAGACCCCUCCAUUCCAGCUUGGUACAGCAUCCAUCAGUGGCGGAAUCACCAGCAGGCACCCGCCACAGGACAGCUUUCUCCACAAGUUUUCCUCUGUUGCAGAUGCGACAAGAGAUAUCGAGUUGUCCAACACGUUGGGCACAUUGUCCUUGGACGGCAAUACACGUCGCUCGAGUUUCAACAAUGACCAGGGUAUGAAGCCUUUUAAUGUGUCCCCACACGGCUCAAUGAACGAGAACUUGAACAUGCCUGCUCCUAGAAACUCUAGACACCAAUCGAUCAGCGAGAAGAUCGACAACUACAACAGUAAUUCUCCCAUCCAGGCAAGUGCAGCAUUGUCUAUCUCGUCCGAUUUGAAUUCGAAUUCAGGCCAUCAAGGUGCUGCAGACGUUUCUGCUCCUGCUCACGGCCAUCCCCAUGGUUUCUGGAACCCGGCCACUGCUGCAUCCUUUACGCCGAACCAGACUUUCAGCUACUUUCUCGAGAACCCGGCAUUUCCAUUCUCUGGAAGCCCCGUUCCUCCCAACCCAUAUGCUCGCCAGCAGCCGGUUAUGCCUCCCAUCAGUCCUCCUCCUUUCAUGAUGGGAAAUCCACCGUUUAUGGAUGGAGGAAUGUAUGGAUUCAUGGGCUACCCAGGGCAAGCGGAGGCCAAUAUGAAUCCUGAGGGUGAAGCAUUGGCCGAGACUGUUGAAACUGGAGAAUCCAGUGCUCUGGACUCUCAAACGGCGGGCCUGAAACUGCCCCAGAAAACAGGAGGGCUCCCUGGUAUUGGACUAAUGAACAGACAGAUGCAUCCUGCUUCUGGAGGUUUCAUGUUCCAUCCGUUCAAUCCUUAUGGAGUCUAUCCUCAGGGUGCUACUCCUACUUCACCACCCGUUCCACAAACAGACAUUCCCGAGGAUUCACAUGGUGUAGCCGUGCCAAUACCACCCGUGGCUUUUGAUGCAUCUAUGAUGCCUCCUCCUGCCGGAAAUCGUUCUGUUAAUCAAUCCAUUCCACCUAAUUCUGGACAGGGUAAGAAGUCCAAGGCUGGAAGAGGUAACGGAGGAGGAAAAGGGGGGCACCACAUUUACAGAUCUCCAUUACUCGAAGAAAUUCGCUCCAAUUCAAAGGGUAAGGAGUACUACUUGAAGGAUAUUUACGGUCAUGUGGUUGAGUUUACUAAAGACCAGCAUGGCUCUCGUUUCAUCCAGCAGAGGUUGCCCUCUGCGUCAGAUGAAGAGAAGGAGGUUGUCUUCAACGAGAUUCGCGACAUUUCGUACGAAUUGAUGACCGAUGUUUUCGGAAAUUACGUGAUCCAGAAGUUUUUCGAACACGGCUCCACCACUCAAAAGGUGGUACUUCUUGAGUGCAUGAAGACGAACAUCUACGACUUGUCCUUGCAAAUGUACGGAUGCAGGGUUGUUCAGCGUGCAUUGGAAUCCCUCCCAUUAGAAGGACAGCUUCAAGUGGUUGAUGAGUUGAGAGACCAUAUCUUAGUUUCAGCAAAGGAUCAGAAUGGAAACCAUGUGAUCCAAAAGUCUAUCGAAAGAAUUCCGUUUGAGAACAUUAGAUUCAUCUUGGACAGUUUGAGAAACCACAUCUACCAUUUGUCUACUCACCCAUAUGGCUGUCGUGUGAUUCAGCGUCUCUUGGAAUAUUCCGACAUUGAAGACCAAAAAGAGAUUAUGGGUGAAUUGAAUAGAUUCAUCUUCUACUUGAUUCAGGACCAAUAUGGUAACUAUGUUAUCCAGCACAUUUUGGAGCGCGGAAACCCUGAAGAUAGGGAAGAGGUUCUUAAAGUUGCUCUUGGAUCUGUGGUUAACUUCUCAAAGCACAAGUUUGCCUCGAAUGUUAUUGAGAAGUGUAUCAAGUACGGAAGUACUGAGCAGAGAAGACGGAUCUUACAUGAAGUGAUGCUUGAGAAUGAAGAUUUGGAGAAGGAGACUGUUGACGAUGAUUCUCCAUUGGCAUUGAUGAUGAAGGACCAAUAUGCUAACUAUGUGAUUCAAAAGUUGGUCGAAGGAUUCGAUGCUAAAAGUUCAGAAAAGAAGAGUUUGGUUGUUAAGUUAAGACAAUACUUAAAGCAACUCUCGAUGAAAAAUAACUAUGGGAAGCAUUUGGCUUCCGUUGAGAAGAUGAUUGUCGUUGCGGAAACUGCAUUGGUUGAAGCCGAUCGUGUUUAA